CCUUCCCCUCUUCCCUCUAGUAAACAGACCACAGCUCCCCCCAAGGCUGAUUGCUGACAUUCAGAGGGGACGCACACGUACACUAAAUCCCUUAUAUAACCCCGCACAGAUUAUUCAUCUAUGUUGAAACAAAUAGUCCCUAAUUAUGUGGAGGGAAAACGACUGACUGAUUAAAUGGAAAAACAAUAUGUCGACGACGGAAUUACGCGGAAUGCCCUUUAAUGUAAAGCCCUUCCUCGUUUUCAAAUUAAUGGUGAAUAAUAAAUGAGCCCUCAUUCUGCCAACUUGGAUUUCCACUAAAAACUCCGACUUAAUUAAAGCUUAAUAACGGAGUUAGGACCGCAACGCCUCUGCCCCGCGCCUUCCGCACGAAUUACGACAUGUUUUUAAUCAAACGAUAGGUGUGGCGACUAUGUGGAAUAAAUAUUUAUGAAGCGGUGGGGUGAUUAAAACGGCACCAUCUGUAUUUAUGCCCCUGCGCUGCAGGCGCGGAACAUGAUCACCCGAAUACCAUUAUAGGUGCCCUGCGAAGCGCCGGAAUAAAAAUAAGUUUGCUAACGACUGAGAGCUGCAAAAGCAAACCGGUGUCCUGUUCUUGACGCCGAAUAAACCGACUUGAAGCUUACAACUUGAGAAGAUGAGUGUGGAAGUGGAAAGGAAGUUCUUGUUCAGUGAUGACACCCUGAAAACCCUGGAGAGCAUCGGAGUUUGUGUAGGGGAGCAUCAGUUUCACGACCAGUAUUAUGACACCCCAGAGUCUGAGCUGACCCUGAGGGACAUGUGGCUACGGAAACGGAAAGGAUGCUGGGAGCUCAAGUGCCCGACUUCCACCUCCUCCAGCGGGAGAGAGGAGCUGAGUGGAGAACAGUCUGUUGCAGCGGUGCUGUGUACAUGUUACAAGGAGAUAAACAAUCUUCCUGAAAUUUACCAGAGAGUGAGAGAGGUCCUGAAGGAGGCCGGCAAGGAUGGAGAGCUGGAGGAAACCCCCUCACAGGGAGAUGAUUCCUGGCUGAGCAGACUCAACCUGUCUUGCUUUGCAGAGUACACAACAACACGGCGGUCAUUCACUCUCAGGGAGGGGGGGGUGCAGAUAGAUCUGGACCAAGCUGACUUUGGGCAUCAUGUGGGGGAGCUCGAGGUUCUGGUACCAGAGGGAGGAGACGUGCAAUCUGCUCAAGAGAAGAUCACGGAAACAGCUCUCAAGCUCGGUCUCACUGGAGAUAAACAAGUUGAAGGGAAAAUGAAUGUUUUCCUGAAAAGAUAUCGCCCAGAGCAGUAUGAAAAGCUGCUCAGAGCGCAUGUUCUGUAGAUGUGACGUUCUACAGAUGUUUCUACUGCACACCAGAACAUCUCAUGGGGUUUAUGGUGAGCAAACAAGAAAACUUCGAUUAAAACGUCAGCAUCUGCAGCUGGGAAUGGGCUGCAUGAACCCGAUUUUGGCAAGUAGCAGAAGAGUUGAAUCACAGAUAAACAACAACAAGUGACAGAUGAUCCGAAACACUCCUGAGCAUUUAGUAACAACAGAGCUGUCAUGUUUACGUCACAUUAAUCAUAUAACAAGUCUUUUUGUGUGAAUGGGUAUUUGACUGAUUGUGUUGUAAAGCGCCUUGGGAGGGGUCCCAAAACUCUAGAAGGUGCUAUAUCGUAUUCAGGUCAUUUACCAUUUAUUUUCUUACACAGUGAAACCUGAUUGGAUCAGGUUUCCUGCACAUUUAUUUGCUUUUGGCAUCUUUCUGUUCACAAACGUAGUUUUUAUUAUAAAUACAAGUAAUGUGGAUGAGUUGUAAGUAGCUAUUCUAAAGUUUAUUUUAAUUAUUACUUUUGAGUUUUUAGAAGGAAAUUUUUUUAUUUAAUAAUAACUAUGUAUACUGAUCAAUAAGGGAGAUCAAAGAUAAAAGAGUUUUAGUAAACAGUUGUGGUGUUAUGUUUUCGGGAAGGUGUUUCUUAUUGUUUUAAUUGUCAACUACUGCAUGACACAUUUAACUCAAACUUAUAAUGUUAAGAAUAUGUUUGUUUUUAUUGAUUGACUUAAAUAAAACAUCUUUUUAAUUAUU